CUGAGUCCACAACAAGUUUUCUUGUUUGUGGUUCCCAUUUUGUAUUGCUUACAUUGGUAGGUUUCACAGCUCUGUUAAGAACAUGUGUUAGACGUCAAAAUUUCAUUCAUUUCUAACCCAGAUUGAUUCUCAGUUUUCUUUGUCUCCUAAUCCUGAUUAUUCAUAAUGAAUAGGCAAGUUUUGUAUUCCCGGGCAGCCUAGGAUGAGUGUUGUUUUAAGUGAGGCUAAUGCAUGUCACUUCUCACCAAGAAGACAAACAACAGGGUUGUCACUAAGAUUUCAAGUUGCCGGGUAAACACAACAAGUAGGCGGGUAAUCAAACGGCUAGGGAUUUCUUUUGGUUCUAUUUUUCUUCUGUUUUCCAAUAAAAGUAGCCGGGGGCCACUCUCUUAGUAGCCGGGGAAAAUCCCCGGCCCCCGGCUCUUAAUGACAACCCUGAACAAACAUGAGAAAAUUUUCCAGCUGUGUUGCUGAGAAAAGGGAAAAUUCUAAGCGCUGAAAAGUUCCUAGUUCCAUAGUACCAUGGUAAAGUACUUGUAAGAAGCUUUAUUAUUUGAAUGGUCCAUUCGCCCAAAUUAAAUGGAUGGAAUUAAAUUAUUCUUAGUAAAUAAAUCCUUAAAUCCAGAUUUAGAUAUGAUCAACUUGAUCUGAUGAAUCACUGUAGUGUGAAUAUAAGGCAUUUUUUAUUUUUCCAUAGAACUGCGCAUGUUUUACCUCUCUUUUGCAUUCAACAAUCCAGAAUUGGAUUUUCCCACAGGAACACACCCUCUGAAUGGAAUCCUUUGUUUUCUUAUAUACAGGUCAGGACAAAGCUGUUUCAAAAUCCAAAUAUGAAGAGGAUGUGUACAUAAACAACCAUAUGGUAUGUUAGCAUCAACAUGCAUAUUGACUAGAUUUGCCUCAAUGCAUAUUUUAUGUUUCUAAUGAGGAGGAUUUGUUUAUGAUUUCUUAAAUUAAGUGUUCAUUUUCCUUACAACCUAACAGCCUAGUUAAAAAUCUCCAGAGCUAAAGUUAAUACAGUGCUUUUUUUCACUUGGAAAGCCGCCCUACAAUCUCAAACCUCUUUAGUUAUUUUAGGCAUUGAUUCAGGGACAGGAAAAAAUUUCCAUUCAUUGAGGAGUGCUGCAGUUACAGAUUGAAGUUUUGGUGUCCUGAUUUUAUUUUACAGAGCGUUUGGGGUUCUUACUGGCAGGAGGGAAAAUGGGGAUAUGCCUGCUGUCAUUCUUUCAUUAGAAACUCUUACUGUACAGGUGACGCUGGUAAAGCAACAUCAGCUUCAAGGGUAGGUGUUGAAUGCACUCUGAUGUGACAGUUGCAUGUCAUGUCAUAUAAAGGUAGUAAUUGUAUAGAGGUUGUUAUCUUGGGGAUCGGGAGAAAUAGUAGAAAGUCCACUAAGCUUAAUUAUCUUACUAGUUUAAAUUCAGGCACUCCACUUAAGUAACUCAAAUAAUAUUAGAAGCAAAAAUUAAAAAUCCAAAUAGAAUAUAACGGGAUUAAAAACCCAAAUGGCAAGAGGCAACUAGUUGGCUAUUUACAAGCAUGGCUGAGGUUCUGAACUCAGGACAACCGAGAAAAAACCUAGCAAAUGGUCCGCCAGAUUGUAAGUUCCACAUGCUGACCACUCUGUCACUUUGCCUUCUGAGAACUGUCCCUAAACAGAAACUUAAGGUGUUCAUGUUAUGUAUAUUGAGUGACUGUAUGCGGAAAUUCUAUUGUAUGUAACUGAAUGUACUGUGAUCUGGUUCAGUACAUAAUUCAGUUAAUAUUAUAAACUGAAUGAUCUGUGAUCUUUAGGCUAUUGCACCUCUAACGGAUGCAGCAAAAAGAAUCCAAGAAGCAGAAGAAAGUGGGAAAACAUUACUGGAGGUUUGUUUGAUUCAUGCGUUAUUGACCCAACAUGAGGUCAAUUUGCUUGAUGUUGGCCAAGUCUUUUUUUUUUGCACUUUUGAGGAGCAAGACUAAGUCAAUGUCACUAAAAAUACAAAAAAGGGUAGGCCAAUACAGACAAGAGUAUCAAAUUCAAACCUGCUUUGCUGCAUGCAUAAAAGCAGUAAAUUUUAGACUACAACUUUUCUGAAUAAUUUUUUGGCCAGACUGAAAAUUUUUUCGCACUUAGAGUGCCUGGAUAAAAUUCCUCUGAAGACAUUUAUAUUGGGUCAAAAAGAGAGCAGAACUGACGGCAAAUGAUUAUAUGCAAGAAUGAAAAACUGAAUCACAAGUCAAUAAAUGAAAACAUUAAUAGAACCUAUGGAAGUGUGCUUGACCUGGCUUGAUAUUAGAUGAUACAAAUUUUGUAACCUAUCGGCUAACCUUACUGUAAAUUGUUUUCUCAAAGGUGGUCCAUUCACGCAAAAUAGAUGUUGUAAUUCAUUUUUCAUCUCAAUAUGUUUUUAUUUUUCCAUUGUUUCAAAUUCAUUGGCAUACAUUACCAUACCCAAAAACAGUGAAAAAAUUGAAAUUACCUGAUUUAAAAAAAAACUACAACAUAUACCUCUUUAAGAAGGACACCUGGCAGUGAUUCUGGAAUAAUUAUUGUUUCUUUGAAAAAUUUUGCCUUCUGGCAUAACCAAAAUUAUUGUAUUUUGCUAACUUUUCAGCUUCAUCAAGAAAAUCGAAAGAAAGGAAAGAAAAGGGAGAAGUCAGUCGAUGAAGAUGAUGAGGAAGUGAAAAGGGACAAACUUAAAAAGGUGGGAAACUCAUAUAUAACUUUGGAUCAAAAUUGUAACCUUUGAUUGUAGCACAAAGGGAAUGAAUUUGCUCAUAGAUAGAUAGAUAGAUAGAUAGAUAGAUAGAUAGAUAGAUAGAUAGAUAGAUAGAUAGAUAGAUAGAUAGAUAGAUAGAUAGAUAGAUAGAUAGAUAGAUAGAUAGAUAGAUAGAUAGAUAGAUAGAUAGAUAGAUAGAUAGAUAACUUUAUUUAAACACGGUUAAAAUUCCUUCAGCAUGUACAAAAAAAAUCUAAGAUCUAUUAUACCUAACUAAACUAACUCUGAAAAAUAUAUUCAUAAAAUUUUAACUACCUAGCUAUUUACAAAUAAAAGCUGCUUUUCAAGGAUGCCGUGUAAAACUGUAUUAAUGUAUGAACUCAUUCAAAACUGUUGUGACACAGUUUGCGUUUAAAAUCAUGUAAAGAAUCUGCAGAUCUUAAAUCAUGGGAUAGGCUGUUCCACAGCUUAGCUCCGCUAUAGGAGAAACUUUUCUUUAAAUAAUUGGUACGUGGCAGUGGAAGGACUAAUUUUUUUUCAGUAUUCCUCAAUCGAUAAGAAGUUAUUUCGUCACGAGAUACAAAUUUAGAUGUUAGAUAGUCGGGAGUCAUCCCAUGUACGGUUUUAUACAUCAUAAUAGCCGUCGAUACUUGUCUUGGUGUUUAAGCUUACGCUAACCCAGUGCCAGGAACAAAUCGUCCACAUUACAAUCAGAAUUAGCGGACAUUAGAAUACGGGCUGCACGAUUUUGGAGCCUCUGCAGCUUAUCGGAAAGACCAAUGCCGCAGUUGCUCCAUACGACAUUACAGUAAUCAAAAUGCGGUUGAAUUAAACUGUCGUAAACAUUAAUUAAUACAUUAAAAGGAAUAAGAUGUUGUAAUCUUUUAAUUGCACCCAAAGCAGAAGCAAUCUUUUUACAAAUACUCUGUAUGUGGCAUUCCCAGGUUAAGUUUUGGUCAAUAUGCACUCCAAGAGAUUUUGCCGUUGACACUUGCAUCACGGGAUGGUCGUUUAUCAUAAAAGAAGGAGAUUCAGAAAGCUUUGAUAGCUUCUGCCUCGACCCAACUAACAUAAACUCAGUUUUAGUCAAGUUAAGGGCCAUGCUACUUCCGUGUCAGUAAUUUACUUCUUGUGAGUAGCACUGAUGAAGAUUGUGGCUGCGAUCCAAAUUUAAGAUGUGGACAGAAUCUGUGGCCUGCUGUCCUAUGUUUUUUAUAUGUUGAGAACAUGGAGCGAGAUUUGAUAAUCAUCCAGAAGGCAUUGAAAUAUAAUGUCAAGACAUCGGCACACUCUAAUGCUUUCUAAUUCGUGUUUUAGGCACUAAGGAAAGAGGAACGUAACCAGCAAGAAGCUGACAAAUUACUGGCUAUGGAUGAACGCAGAAGGCCUUACAACUCCCUCAAAGGUGAUUAUCAUGAGGUGACGGAAGAAGAGAUGGAGGCUUAUAGGUUAAAACGUCGCCAAGAAGAUGACCCAAUGAAAGACUUUCUUUAGUAAUGGGAACAGUGUGGGAAAUAAUACUCCAAAGCUGAAUUGCAUGUUCAAACUUGUGUGUCAAGCUUUGCAGUCAACGCUGAUAGAAAGACUUAACUUACUUAAAGAAGUUACAUCAAACAUCGAGUGUACGAGACAACAGAACUCGAUCAUUGAGGACCGACCGAAUGACCGGGCUGGUCAAAGUGAGCCACCUUGAAAAAUGUUGAUGACCACUUCUGAACGAACCGAAGUGGUCCAUUCCAUUUGAUUUCUAACCGAAGUUUCCGGAAUUUGGGGCUGAAUGGAAAGCGUCCUUCCAUUUCUAUGGCUGCUUGGAUACAGCCAGUAAAAGGCUGCUGUGGUAACGCGCGCGUUGAUGGUCUUAAGGAGGAUCUUUUUUGGUUCGCUUUGUCCUUACUUUUUUAUUCAACAUUUUCCACGCGUCUGCCAUCAUUACACGAACAUGUGAUAGUUAACCAAUACAUGGUGGUAGUGGCAGUGCUCGACUGGGUCGAAAAUCAAUUUUGAUUUGAUUUUGUUUUGAUUUCACUUCAGUUUCUUUAUUUGUCUUUUAAUUCAAAAUGAAAAGAAAAAUAUUUACAAAUAAAAUGAAAAUUAUCAACAAUCAAUUUUAAAAAUCCUCCAAAAUUCGGAUUUUUUUUAAGGAAGUUCUCGGCCACCAUAGAGAUGUUUCGGAGUCGGCAUCAUAUUGUCACUUAGGCCCGUUUCAAACGUCGUACUACUGCCGUGCCGAACUCAAUUGAUCGAAUUAAACUCGAUUUUAGCACGGUAGUAGCGCGACGUUUGAAACCAAGUCGUGCUACUGCCGUGUAGCACGGCAAGCCUUGCCGUGCUACAUUGCCUGCGUGCAGACGUCUCCUAUUUCCUUUAUUGCACGCGGAAAAGACGCAGACGUCCCUUUUCCGCGUGCAAUAAAGGAAAUAGGAGACGUCUGCACGCAGGCAACGUGCUACACGGCAGUAGCUCGACUUGGUUUCAAACGUCGUGCUACCGCCGUGCCGAACUCAAUUUCAUGAAUUACAAAUACAUUAGAAUAUAUUUAAAAGUUUGCUAAACCGUUUCUUUAUUUUCCUGUUUUGUUUUUGGCAACAGCCGUUCCAUUCGCCUAUCAUUGUGUGAAUUGAAUUCGACGUCUGAAACCAAGUAGUGCUAACGUCGUGCUUCAGUCGAGCUACAGUCGAGCCGGCUUAGCACGGCAGUAGCACGACCUUUGAAACAGGCCUUAGAUAUAGAACUGUUUCAGAAAGGUAGUACUCUGCAAAUAUGGACCUUUUAUCAUUUUCUUGUGAAACCUGAACCAUCUCGCUACCUAACAAACAGUCGGUGCAAAAUUUGUAUUUUGGACUUUGACUUCGUCGUUGAAUUGAUUGUAAAUUUAUUGUUUCCCUUUGCUUAGAAAAUUUAGCCAUAGUUAGUAGAGGAGACUGGUUAUGAAAGCCAGCAAACAUCAAAGUUGAAAACAAUGGUGCUGUAGUUUAUGUUAGAAUCUCCCUCACCGUGCACAAUCCUCUGAAAUUGUGACUGAAUGAAUAAAUGCGGUGUCUGUAUUGGUCAGUAAGCUUCAAAAUUAUAGGUAUGCUAUUGAACGUUGUGCACACUCUGGCCCAAAAAAGCUAACAAAAACAUAUAACGAAGGAGUAUAACGAGUUUCAUAACCAUUCCACUUUAAUAACUAUGAUUUAACUACGGACUUGCAAACCCCCAAAAGGCAAAAAAUGUGAGAUUCUGAACCUAGGGCUGGGAAAAGAAGUGAGAAAUGGGUAAAAAGUCGUGAGGUGUCCCAAAUUUCCUAGUGAAAGGACUUUCAGUGGAGAUAAUGGGAAUUAGAAGUCACUGUCUCACUUUAAAGCUCAUGGAGAUGUAAACAUCACGAUCAAUUUUAUGAUUUACGUUUUGUAAUUUCUAUGUUUUGUUGGCGCCUUCUUGAAACAAGAGAAACAGGAAGUCCGCACAUUUGGUGGCAGCUUUAAGACGCGGUAGGCUAAAAGAAUGUAAUCAAACGCGACCACUUAGCG